CCAGGGUUUCUGUUUGCUCAGGAACCCCCGAACAACCGGUAAAUUCAUUUACUCCGAAGCUUUCGUUUUUUGCAAGCGCGCAGUCCCCGUGUGAACUUUAGUUUUAAGCCGUACCGAAAAUGCGCGAUCCCCGCUCGAAGACCGAAUGAGUUUUUAUUUCGAAACUCACGCUGGUAAAGCCGCCGCUUUAGCUUAAUUUUGGCCGAGGCUGAAGUUUGGCCAACAUCCUCGCCCCUCCUCGGGUCCUUCAUCCCCAAAAGAUUGCCGCCCUUGCCCCCGACUGCUUUCAGUGUUCGGAGGGCGAUGAUGCUCCAGUAAUUUUCCUCGCUCCAUUCCCAGGCAUCGCUUUGCUUUCCUUCCAGGGAAGAUUGUUCCGCUUGUAAUCCUGCUGACAAAAGAGACUCCGAUGGACUUACACCGGGCCGCGUUCAAGAUGGAGAACUCACCCUAUCUCCCCAACCCACUGGCCUCCCCAGCACUGAUGGUUCUUGCCUCCACUGCUGAAGCCAGCCGUGAUGCUUCCAUUCCCUGCCAGCAGCCAAGGCCUUUUGGGGUCCCUGUGUCAGCAGAUAAGGACGUGCACAUUCCCUUUACCAAUGGCUCAUAUACUUUUGCCUCCAUGUAUCACCGGCAAGGUGGGGUGCCGGGAGCGUUCGCAAACCGUGACUUUCCUCCGUCCUUGCUUCACCUCCACCCCCAGUUUGCACCCCCCAACCUGGACUGCACCCCAAUCAGUAUGUUGAACCACAGCGGCGUUGGGGCUUUCCGCCCCUUUGCAUCUACUGAGGACCGGGAGAGCUAUCAGUCAGCUUUUACACCGGCCAAGCGCCUGAAGAACUGCCAUGACACUGAUUCACCCCAUCUGCGCUUCUCCGACACCGAUGGGAAGGAGUACGAGUUUGGCACGCAGCUCCCCUCCAGCUCCCCCGGCUCCCUCAAAGUUGAUGAGACGGGGAAGAAGAUCUUUGCCGUUUCUGGCCUCAUUUCUGACCGGGAGACCUCAUCCAGUCCGGAAGACCGAAGUGACAGAUAUAGAAGCGACAACCAAAGAGGGCCCCAGGCGUCUGCAACUGCCACUCAUCGUAUGAUUUUAACUCUCCCCCUCUGCAAAAAGAAAGCGACCUUGUUUGACAGCCAGGCUCCGAUCUGCCCCAUCUGCCAGGUCCUCCUUCGCCCUGGGGAGCUGCAGGAGCACAUGGAGCAGGAACUGGAAAAGCUCACCCAGCUGAACAUCAGCAAGAGCUCCAUCCUGAAGGAUGCCAUGGCAGCAGGCACCCCCAAGUCAAUUUUGUUGUCGGCUUCAAUCAAGCGAGAAGGAGAUUCUCCGACAGCAUCACCCCACUCCUCAGAUGACAUCCAUCACUCCGACAGAUACCAGACCUUCCUGCGGGUGCGAGCGAACCGGCAGACCCGGCUGAACGCUCGGAUUGGAAAAAUGAAACGGAGGAAGCAAGACGAAGGGCAGGUAUGUCCCCUCUGCAGCCGACCUCUGUCAGGAUCCGAGGAGGAGAUGAGUAGGCAUGUGGAACAAUGCCUUGCAAAGAGAGAAGGUUCAUGCAUGACUGAGGAUGACUCUGUGGACAUUGAGAACGAGAACGGCAACCGAUUUGAAGAGUAUGAAUGGUGUGGGCAGAAGAGGAUACGGGCUACUACUCUCCUGGAGGGAGGAUUUCGAGGUUCUGGGUUUAUCAUGUGCAGUGGCAAGGAGAAUCCAGACAGCGACGCUGACCUGGAUGUGGAUGGAGACGACACACUUGAAUACGGGAAAGCACAGUACACAGAGGCAGACGUUAUCCCUUGCACUGGGGAAGAGCCAGGUGAAGCCAAAGAGAGGGAGGCGCUCCGAGGUGCUGUUUUAAAUGGUGGCACACCCAGUACCCGAAUAACACCGGAGUUUUCUAAAUGGGCCAGCGACGCAGAAAUGCCCUCAACGAGUAAUGGCGAAAGCAGUAAACAGGAGACCAUGCAGAAGACCUGUAAGAACAGUGACAUUGAAAAAAUUACAGAAGACUCGGCAGUGACAACAUUUGAAGCGUUAAAGGCUCGUGUCCGUGAGUUAGAAAGGCAGCUUUCCCGUGGGGACCGUUAUAAAUGUCUCAUUUGCAUGGACUCCUACACAAUGCCCCUGACUUCCAUUCAGUGCUGGCAUGUGCACUGUGAAGAAUGCUGGCUGCGGACUCUGGGUGCCAAGAAGCUCUGUCCCCAGUGCAACACCAUCACGUCUCCCGGAGACCUCCGGCGCAUCUACUUAUGAAGGACCCAGCGGGAGGGCAGGCCCCAGCUACUCGGCUCAGCUCAUCCAUCACACCAAGGGGGAGAGGAACGACAGCAACAAAAAAAGAGACGUUUUAAACUUCAGAGAAGACGAAAGGUUACAAACAAAGCAGAGACUCCAGGCACGGACUCGAGGAUGCAGGAGCAGUGGGCCCGCGUGUUGAGACCUCCUUCAGCACCCGCAGCGGGCAAAACCAAACCCUUCGUUGUGAAGCCCCCUUUUUUAAGUACCAGUAUUCCCCAUCACCCGUCCCCUGGAGCUGGCUUUGCAUCGCGGAUGGCUCGUGAGCCCUCCUUUGGACUGUGGUGUUGACCACUCUGCCCCCAGGAGACCUGGGGACAAGGGACCCUUGCCAGGAAGAUGUUAAAUAACCUGUAACUUGUGUUCUUCGUUCAGUUUCGUUCUGGUUUUGUUUUUAUUUGGUUCGGUUUGGGUUUUGGUUUGGUUCCGUUUUGGUUUUUUGUGGUGUUCUAGUGAUAAAGGAAAAAGUUUAAAGGAAAAAAAAACCCCACACCCAGGCAGAAAUGAAGCACAUGUAAUAUAGAUUAUAUAUGUUUACAAUGUUGUGUAUAAAUGGGAUAGACUCAAACAUUACAUACUAAUAAGUUUCCCUUUCUGGUUUGGUUUUUUUUUUGGGUUGUAUUUUUUUUAAAGAAGAAGAAAAAAAAAAUGAGCAGAGAACAUUAAACCCAUAUUUUUCUUGGUUCAGCAAAGUUUUGGCAUUAAAGUCAUUAGUUUAAACAAAGUAUAUAUAUACAUAUAUAUAAUAUAAAUGGUUUAAUGUUC